AUGUCUUCCGACGAGGAGCGCCAGCACGCCCUGGCGUCUUUCAAGGCGAAAUUGAUCGAGUCGCGAGAAUGGGAGGCAAAGCUCAAGGCGCUGCGGCUAGAGAUCAAGGGUCUGCAAAAGGAUUUUGAUCAAACGGAAGAGAAUAUCAAGGCGCUGCAAAGCGUCGGUCAGAUCAUCGGCGAGGUGCUGAAACAACUGGACGACGAGAGAUUCAUCGUCAAGGCUUCAUCAGGUCCCAGAUAUGUCGUCGGCUGCAGGUCCAAAGUCGACAAGAUCAAGCUGAAGCAGGGAACACGUGUUGCGCUGGACAUGACGACUCUGACGAUUAUGCGCAUGCUGCCCCGUGAAGUCGAUCCUCUGGUCUACAACAUGUCGCUCGAAGAUCCCGGCCAGGUCAGCUUUGGCGGCAUCGGUGGAUUGAACGAUCAGAUCCGAGAAUUGCGAGAGGUCAUCGAGCUGCCGCUCAAGAACCCCGAGCUAUUCUUGCGAGUAGGCAUCAAGCCCCCCAAGGGAGUGCUCCUCUACGGCCCUCCCGGCACGGGCAAGACUCUGCUGGCGCGUGCUGUGGCUAGCAGUCUUGAGACCAACUUCCUCAAAGUUGUAUCGUCUGCUAUUGUCGACAAAUACAUCGGCGAGUCUGCUCGGCUUAUCCGUGAGAUGUUCGGCUAUGCCAAAGAGCACGAACCUUGCAUUAUCUUUAUGGACGAGAUCGAUGCCAUCGGCGGAAGACGUUUCUCGGAGGGUACCAGUGCGGACAGAGAGAUUCAGCGGACGCUGAUGGAGCUGCUGAACCAGUUGGAUGGUUUCGACUACCUGGGAAAAACCAAGAUCAUCAUGGCAACAAACCGGCCCGAUACGCUCGAUCCGGCCUUGCUCAGAGCCGGGCGUCUGGACCGCAAGAUUGAGAUUCCUCUGCCGAAUGAGGUCGGACGGCUCGAGAUUCUCAAGAUUCACGCGUCCAGCGUCGUCAUGGAGGGUGAUAUUGAUUUCGAGAGCGUUGUCAAGAUGAGCGAUGGCCUGAACGGAGCAGAUCUGAGAAACGUGGUCACCGAGGCUGGUCUAUUUGCCAUCAAGGACGAGCGUGAUGCGAUCAACCAGGACGACUUCAACAAGGCGGUUCGCAAGGUGGCCGAAGCGAAGAAACUCGAGGGCAAGCUCGAGUACCAGAAGCUGUAA